UGGCGAUAUUAUUUGAAGGUCCACGGAAAGUUACUCUCCUCAAUUCAUUAGAAUAUUCGUGUACUGACAGCUCCAAAUGAGGUUAAAGGGAACUUAACUAGUACAAUAUAUAUAUGACUAUAGCCAUGCAGAAGACAAGGUCCAGUAAGUGACUAUUACGGAUAUUAUCUUCCGUUGAAUGAAUGGAAAGUUUUAUUUGGUGGGGGCUGUUCGAAAGUGAAGUGAAACUGUUGACAAGUUUUCAAGUGACAUUUUCGGAAUUUUAAGAUUUAGGCUUGUAGAAUAUGCAUUGUAGAAAAUAUGGCUCAAAGCGAUAUAUUGGGUCCACAAUGUUUGUCGGUGUGGUGCUUGGCCUGGCUUUGGGAUCAUGGUUGAGAACCAGAGGCAAUGUGAAAAUGUGUAUUUCAAAUCCAAUGAGAAUGGAUACGGGUCUCUUACAACAUCAAGUAUCAACAGAACCAACAUUGACGUAUGAAAAACCAAAGGAUAACAUGAUAUUUGUUGGAGUUAUGACAGCCCAGAAAUAUCUAGACUCUCGGGCUGUUGCUGCUAACCAAACUUGGGCCAAAACUAUACCUGGAAAAGUCUUAUUCUUUUCACGCUCAGGGUCUGCAAGUAACUAUGAUAUUCCAGUUGUAAGUCUCCCUGGGGUAGAUGAUACUUACCCUCCACAGAAAAAAUCUUUCCUCAUGUUGAAAUACAUGCAUGACCAUUUCAUUGACAAAUAUGACUGGUUUAUGCGUGCAGAUGAUGAUGUUUAUAUCAAGGGGGAAAAACUUUCGAAAUUCCUCUAUUCUAUAAAUAGCUCAAAGCCGCAGUUUAUAGGACAGGCGGGACUUGGAACCAAAGAAGAAUUUGGUACGCUCAGCUUAGACCAAAAUGAAAACUUUUGCAUGGGAGGAACAGGAAUUGUGAUGAGUAGAGAAACACUAAAGAGGAUUGUACCACAUAUAAAGUAUUGUUUAAAGAAUCUUUAUACCACGCAUGAAGAUGUCGAGAUUGGCCGAUGUGUCAAGAAAUUUGCUGGGGUAACCUGCACUUGGGCUUUUGAGAUGCAGCAUCUCUUCUACCAGAACCACAUAGAUCCAAAUGGUUCAUUUAGUAAGAACCUAAACAGUAAAGACACUCAUCGAGCCCUAACUAUGCACCCUGUGAAACAACCACAACAACAGUAUAGAAUACAUACCUUCUUCCAAGACGCUCAUACGCUAGAACUGCGUCACAAGAGAUUGUUACAUAAACGUGAAAUAGAGGUCAUGAAUAAGAAUAUCAUUAGGAAGGGUUAUCAUACAGAUGAUCGUUAUGGCAUGCCACCAUCUUUAAUGAAAUAUCGUGCCACAAAUCAACAUGAUAUCCUCCCUUGGGAGUUUCUAAGUAAAGCAGUGUACUCAGACAGAGACGUUAAUCCCAAACGUGGGCUGGAAGCUCCCCUUAAAAAUGGCUUAGAAGGCAUUAUGAUGCAAGUUAUGCAAAUGAUAAAUAAAAAUGCUCGUCAACGAGGUAGAAUUAUAGACUUCAAAGAGAUUUUAUAUGGCUAUAGACGGGUGAAUCCACUUUAUGGGGCAGAUUAUGUACUAGACUUGCUUCUGGUUUAUCGCAAACACAAAGGUCGCAAAAUGACAGUACCAGUUCGUAGGCAUGCUUAUCUCCAACAAACAUUCAGUGAGAUUGAGUUUACUGAAGAUGUUUCUAGUCCCAAUCCUGUAUCACCCAUUGUACCUCUAGAUAACAUAGCACAGGGACCUCAACCAAAUUUGCUUCAAAUAUUCCAAAAUAAAGUGAACUACCUUUAUACGGGUACAAGGGAUUCGGAGGAUUUGAAUGCUGGUUCCUCCUACACCCCAACUCCUGAAACCAUUCAUUUUAUUCUACCUUUAUCUGGUAGACUACAUACAUUCAAGAGAUUCUUGAGUAUAUUUGAGAAAGUAUGUCUUCAACAUGGGGAACGUGUCUCAUUAGCUGUAAUGCUAUUUGAAUCUGAAGACACAGAGUCUAUACUCCAGGAAGUGAAAACUUUGAAAAUGAAGUACCAAGGUUAUGACCUCCGUGUUGUUGGCUCACGCGAUAGUUUUUCCCGUGGGGUGGCCCUGCAGCAAGGUAGCGCCCUCUAUGAUAAAAACUCACUGCUGUUUUUCAUAGACGUUGAUAUGACAUUCAAUCAAGAAAACCUGAAUCGUAUUCGUCUAAAUACUAUACAGUUUAAACAAGUGUAUUAUCCAAUAGUAUUCAGCCAGUAUGAUCCGGCAGAUGUUUGUCCAAAGGUGGAGGACUGUGAAAUGCGACACAAUCCUUUCAUAUAUGGAGAAAACAUUGGGUAUUGGCGUCAAUUUGGCUUCGGUAUCGUCAGCUUAUACAAAUCUGACUUGGACAAUGCUGGAGGGUUAGAUAUGACGAUACAAGGCUGGGGGAAAGAGGAUGUAGAUCUCUAUGGAAAGUUCUUGAAGAGUAAUUUAACAAUAUUCCGAGCGGUUGAUAAUGACCUUGUUCAUAUAUUCCAUCCCAUAAUUUGUGACCCCAAUCUGGAGCCUGCUCAGUAUCAAAUGUGCCUUGGUUCGAAAGCAUCGAGUUAUGGAUCUUUCGAUAGACUCUCGAAGACUGUGCUGAACAAUGAAGCAAUUCUUCAUAAAAAUGAGAAAAAACUUGAACAAAAAGAGACUGGCAACCUUAUACAGAAUUAGAGUUGUAGACAGGCAAAUAUUUACGUAUCAAUAACAAUUGAUAUUAAUUAAUUUGCUAACCAAUGAAUACCACUUUUAAAUGUGUUGAUAUUUUGUCCAAUUUAUUCUGGUUUGAAAUUUUUUCAUAGUAUUGCAUUUAGAGUAUUGUUAUCUUUGAUGAUGUCCUGAUAAGGUUAGAAGACAUGAUAUGUGUUCGUUGUAAAGGCAAAAAUCACUUAAAAUGCCCAUUAAAUGGUUCUAACCUGGAUUAAGGCAAUGUACCAGUUUAUCACUUUCUCUUUUAUUGAUUUUUUUUGUGUUUUGGAAUAGAAUACUAGCUAAGCCUAGUCAUUUAGUUUUUAUGAUAUUUGCUAAACAGGCAAUCAAUCUGUAGGUGCUUCAAGUCAUUAAAAUAGGUGCAAUCCAGCCCUGUAGCCAGGAUUUUUC